AUGAUUCAGAAGCGUGUUGCGUAUAUUGCGAAAAUAAAAGGUUUCAGUCGUGAAGUGAAAAUUAAAGAUGUCAAACGGUUCUUCAAACCGAUUAGGAUAAAAGACUUCAGGGUUCUGAAAAAUGGUAUCGGUUUGGUGUUUUUUAAGAAUCACCAGGACCUGAAUGAAGCACUCAAAAAGAAGGGCGAAAUAGGUGGAAGGGCAGUCAAGAUUGAAGAACAUAUUCAGGAAGAGAAUGAAACGUCUUAUGUACAAGAACCUGAUCUACCUAAGUGGUUAGUUAAGACAGAUGACGAAAUAGUAUCUGCAAUAUUAGAGACCGGCCGGUUAUUUGUCCGUAAUCUGUCUUAUGCCUGCACUGAACAAGACCUUGAAAAGUUAUUUUCUGUUCAUGGAUCCCUAUCAGACAUUCACUUAGCUUUCGACCAUUGGUCUCAAGUGUCCAAGGGGUUUGCGUUCAUCACUUUCCUGUUCCCAUCUGACGCUGUGAAAGCCUACAAAUCACUAGAUAAAACAAAGUUUAUGGACAGGCUAAUUCACAUCCUCCCUGGUCAAGAAAACACAGAACCUAAGGACUCAUUUAGAAAGCCUCUAAACAAUUUUUAUAGAAAUGAGAAUUUCGCUGAUCCACCAAAGAUGCUUCUAUCAAGCUUUCAAAACGAUCGAUUUCAAGAAUUGAAAAAGGAUUCAAGCGUUGGACAUAAUUGGAAUGCUUUAUUUAUUCGUCCAGAUGCUGUUGCUACAUAUUUAGCUGCGAAAUUCGGUUUGACUAUGGAACAAGUUUUAGAUCCAUCAGGAAAUAAGUCAGUUGCUGUACGAUUGGCACAUGGUGAGACACAGUUAGUUGCUGAAAUGAAAGAAUUUUUAAAAACUCAUGGUGUACGAUUGGAAGCUUUCGAAAAGCACAAUGAUGAGACUGAGGUGAAAGAAACAGAAGAUAAUUCCGUUGUUGUUCACGAAACAUCAGGUCAACGUAGUCGUUUAGAAUCAAAGUCAAGAUCAACUAUUCGUCAAUUAUCAGGAACUGCAUUUUUAAUAAAAAAUCUACCAGCUGGAACAACUGAGUUUGAAGUUCGAGAUUUGCUUAAACGGUAUACAAAAAGCUCUGUAACUGUUGAUGCUAACACUCCUUCAAUUCGUUCCGGAUUAAAACGUGUUCUAGUACCCCCUUUAGGCAUUACUGCUAUUGUAGAAUAUGCCCAUUCUCAACAAGCUCGGUUGAUGUACAAAGCACUUGCAUAUGAACCGUUUAGAGAUAGUGUUCUGUUUCUACAGUGGUUACCAGAUGGGGCUCUGAAAUCAUCCACUCCUGAUGAUAAUGAAUAUGAGGAAAUAAAAUCCGAAGAAGCUUCCACACAUAAGCUGAAAAGGACGAAACACGAGAAAUCAUCUGUUGAUAAGGUUAAAAAAAUUGAGCAAUCUGACGAUGAAUUUGAACUGAUCACAUCCAUUCCAACUGGUAAACGCAAGUUCAGAGAUGAUCAUGAUGAUGAAGAUACAGUAGCAGUUAUGGAUCACUCAUCUCAUCAUGACAAUGAAAACAUUUCAUAUCAAAUAUCAAAAUCUCAACGAGUUAAAAAAUAUUUAAAUAAAAAACAAAAGAUUGAACAAAUAGCUAACAAUAAAUCAAGUGAAUUGGAACUAAUCGACAAAUUUAUGAGACAUAAAAGUAAAAAAGUUAAAUUCACUAACGAUGUUAACGUUGAAUGUGUCAAUCAACUACACUCAAAUAAUGAAAAUAGGAUAAAUAAAUGUGAUACUACUACUAAUAUUAACGAACAACACAAAGAGGAAAUUAAUAUUAAAAAAUCAAUACCAUCAAAACAGUUGAAAAAGAACAAAAUUUUAAUUGUGCGUAAUAUUCCAUUUCAAGCUACACAAAAAGAAUUGAUUGAGUUAUUUCAACCUAUUGGUGGUCUUGUCAAUGUUCGAUUACCAAAAAAACCAACUAGCGGACAUCGUGGAUUUGCAUUCGUUGAAUUCGACACAAUGGACAAAGCAAAAAUUGCAUUGGAGACAUUGGGCGUAGCUACACAUUUAUUAGGUCGUCGUUUACUCAUGGAAUAUGCACAAAUGUAA